AAGGGCGGGACGAAGAUUCCAUGCGAGCGCCAGCGAAUAGUGUUAGUUCUGGAUAGUUGAUAGCUGGAGGAGGAGGCGAAUCGGUCUUCGUUUGCCCAACUUCACCGGAUUUCUCCUCGAACCGAGAACUCGUUCGGUCACCGUUUAGACAUGUCCUAUGAAACUAAAUAUAUAUUUGCAACAUUGCCCCGCACGCAGAGAGGCCAACCUUUAGUUCUCGGUGGUGAUCCAAAGGGGAAGAAUUUUUUAUACACCAAUGGGAACAGUGUUAUCAUUAGAAAUAUCGAUAAUCCAGCAAUUGCAGACAUUUAUACGGAACAUUCUUGUGCAGUGAACGUAGCAAAGUAUUCGCCUAGUGGUUUCUAUAUAGCAUCUGGAGAUCAGUCCGGUAAGGUACGUGUUUGGGAUACAGUGAAUAAAGAACACAUCUUGAAAAAUGAAUUUCAUCCGAUCGGAGGUCCCAUUAAAGACAUCGCGUGGUCACCCGAUAACCAGCGUAUGGUCGUUGUCGGGGAAGGCAGAGAAAGAUUCGGUCACGUCUUCAUGGCAGAGACUGGUACAUCCGUAGGAGAGAUUUCUGGCCAGUCCAAGCCCAUCAAUUCCUGUGACUUCAGGCCCACAAGGCCAUUUAGACUGAUUACUGGAAGCGAAGACAAUACCAUCGCGGUAUUCGAAGGCCCUCCAUUUAAGUUCAAGAUGACUAAACAGGAUCACAGCAGAUUUGUUCAAGCAGUACGUUAUUCCCCUUCUGGGAACCUUUUUGCUUCCGCAGGAUUUGAUGGGAAAGUAUUUAUUUACGAUGGAACUUCAUCGGACCUCGUAGGUGAAGUUGGUUCUCCCGCUCAUCAAGGUGGAGUGUACGGGGUAGCAUGGAAGCCGGAUGGUACGCAGCUUUUAACUGCUUCCGGUGAUAAGACCUGUAAAUUGUGGGACGUUGAAACACGAUCGUUAAUCAACGAGUUUCCAAUGGGAACGACUAUUGACGAUCAACAAGUAAGCUGUUUGUGGCAAGGAAAGCAUUUAUUGACGGUUUCACUCAGCGGGUUCAUCAAUUAUCUUAACGUAGAUGAUCCUGAAAAACCUAUUAGAAUAGUUAAGGGACACAACAAGCCUAUCACAGUAUUAACGUUAAGUCCCGAUAGAAGUACGAUUUAUACUGGAUCUCACGACGGUUACGUGACCAACUGGAAUGCCGAAACUGGCGAAAACGAUCGCGUUAAGGGCCACGGCCAUGGCAAUCAAAUUAAUGGAAUGAAAGCUUCGAAGAAUGUGUUAUACACUGCCGGUAUCGACGAUACCUUAAGAGCUAUCGAUCUAGCGGAAAACGCUUAUUCGGAGACAUCGGUUAAAUUAGACUCCCAACCUCGGGGUCUGGAUAUACACGGAGACGACACGGUUGUCGUUGCUUCCGUUAAACAGAUCACGGUCACUCAAGGUGGAAGAAAAGUGUCUAGCUUGCCAAUUGAAUACGAACCAUCCUGCGUGUCCAUAAACCAGGAAAACGGUGACGUUGCCGUUGGAUCUACCUCGGAUAAUAAGGUAUUCAUUUACGAAUUGGCAGGGACAACUUUGACUGCCAAAUCCGAAUUGGAGCAUUUGGGUCCCGUGACCGAUGCUGCUUACAGUCCAGACAACAAAUUUCUAGUUGCCUGUGACGCCAACAGAAAGGUCAUUCUCUACUCUCUUCCAGAGUAUCAGCUCGCGCACAACAGGGAAUGGGGUUUCCAUAACGCGCGAGUGAAUUCCGUUGCCUGGGCCCCCGAUGGAGCUAUGGUGGCAAGUGGAAGUCUAGACACGACCAUCAUUAUUUGGAGCGUAACGAAUCCAGCCAAACACACGAUCAUUAAAAACGCGCAUCCGCAAAGUCAAAUCACCCGUCUGGUGUGGUUAGACGAGGAAACGUUGAUCUCCGUUGGUCAGGAUUGCAAUACAAAGGUAUGGCGCGUGGAAAAGAUUUAAAAAGGGCAUCGCGGGUGAAGGUGCGCGGGUAAUUCGCGCUAUCUCGUUUUUGAGACACGGCUUACAUUAACUCGUUAGGUGUAUUUUAUUUAUUUUGAUUUAUAUACUCAUGAAAUAUUGUAUAUUAUUUUGGAUACGAUCUCUUGAUAUACCGAUUAAAUGGAUAAACGUGU